GCUCCUGCCAGACACACACACACACACACAGGGAGAGAGAGACAGCAAGAAAGAGAGAGGGAGUGGGGUCUGUGAAUGGACCAGGAGGAAGAAGGGUUCAAGCUGGUUACCUAAGCGGAAAACAACAGACUUUUCCACUGGAGGCUUAACUCCUCACACACACACUAUGGGCAUCCCGUCUGUGAUGAUAUUACCCCUGCUGGUGGUGGUAUUCGCUGGAAUCUACUACCUGUACAAUGAGAUCAUCCAGUUCAUGUCCAAGUCCAUAGUGCGGAACAAAGUGGUGGUGAUCACGGAUGCUGUGUCUGGAAUGGGCAGUGAGUGUGCCAGGAUGCUUCAUGAGGGUGGUGCCCGGUUGGUGCUGUGUGGACCAAGCUGGGAUAAGCUGGAGUCUCUGUAUGACUCACUGUGCAGUGGAGCAGACCCCAGUAAAACCUUCACACCCAAGCUGGUGCUGCUGGACUUCAGUGAUAUAGACAGCAUGGCGGAAGUGAUCACAGAGAUCGGGGAGUGCUACGGCUGUGUGGACGUCCUGAUAUUCAACAGCAGUAUGAAGGUCAAAGCCCCCGUACAGAACCUCUCCCUGGAGAUGGACAAAACCGUCAUGGACGUCAACUUCUUUGGGCCCAUCAGUUUGGCAAAGGGCAUCCUGCCAUUAAUGAUUUCUCGGAGAACCGGUCACUUUGUACUCGUCAACAGCAUCCAAGGAAGACUGGCUGUCCCAUACCGCAGUUCUUACGCUCCCUCCAAGCAUGCAGUGCAAGCUUUUUUCGACUGUCUGAGAGCAGAGGUGGAGGAGUACGGCAUCUCUGUCAGCACAAUCAGCCACACCUUCAUUAACGCCACCGCCCAGAACCCCGCCCCCUCCAACUCCCAGCCCAAAAACGCCCUGUGGGCAUACAUUUUAAGGACUGUAACGACUCACGGUGUGAACCCCAAAGACCUGGCUGGAGAGAUUGUGAAGGUGGUGAAUGGAAAGAGAAGAGAGGUGCUUCUAGCUCACCCCAUUCCCUGGACCGCCCUCUACAUCCGCUCACUGCUGCCCAGUUUCUUCUUCGCUGUGGUGGCGGCGGGGGUGAGGGACGGACCCUUGGCUGAGCAGCUGAAGUAGAUCAACAUGACAGAAGAAAGUAAACGGCAGAAAGAUAUACUGUAUGUGCAUGACCGUGCUUAUUAUUUAACAUGUUUACAGUUCUAAGUCUUUACAAAAUACAGCUAUGGAAAAAAUAAGAGACCCAACUAAAAAUUACGAGUUUUGUUUAUUUUACCAAAUUGAAAACCUCUGGAAUAUAAUCAAAAGAAAGAUGGAUGAUCACAAACCGUCAAACCAAGCUGAACUGCUUGACUUUUUGCACCAGGAGUGGCAAAAAGUCAUCCAAAAGCAGUGUGUAAGACUGGUGGAGGAGAACAUGCCAAGAUGCAUGAAAACUGUGAUUAAAAACCAGGGUUAUUCCACCAAAUAUUGAUUUCUGAACUCUUAAAACUUUAUGAAUAUGAACUUGUUUUCUUUUAAAGCUCUGCAUCUUUUUUGUUAUUUCAGCCUUUUCUCAUUUUCUGCAAAAAAAUGCUCUAAAUGACAAUAUUUAUAUUUUAAAUUUUGGAGAAAUCUUGUUCGUAGUUUAUAGAAAAAAGCAACAAUCUUCAUUUUACUCAAAUGUAUACCUAUAAAUAGCAAAUCAGAGAAAAUGAUUCAGUACCAGAAGUGGUCUCCUAUUUUUUUCCAGAUCUGUAUAUAUGAGAAGGAGUCUCAUAUUGCAAUCUGAAGGUUUUACGGUUACUAAAGCUCAACAAAGUGUACUGUAAUAAAAAUUAUAUAUUAGAUUUAUUAUGUUUUGAAUGUUUAAUUUAAAAAAAAGGUGUAAAAUAGAUGGUGGCAGUUCAUAAAUGUUUAUAGAUGUUCAUAGUAGCAUUUCCAAAGCAGAAACUAUUGGGAAAUAUAGCGUUCCUCUGGGUUCUACCAUAUGGCCUAUGGAACUGAUAAAAAUAAUUUACAGUUAUUUACAGUAUAAGUGAAGCACUAAAGUAUGGGCUUGCAUAACAUACUGUAUGUUAACGCAUGUUCUAUUGCUCCCAUUGCUGCUGCACUUGCAUUGGUAUUUGACAUUUUUCCUAAUAUUGUUCCAGGGUUUUAAUAGACACUAUGCAGUUGCGACACACCCUUCAAGUUUUGCUGUUUUUUUGUUUUGCUUUGAUGAGGUGCCUUUAUUACCAUGACACCACUGUACUGUACUGUAUUAUUAGCCCAAAUAAACACACACACACACACACACACACACACACACACACACACACACACACACACAAAAAUUUGCCCCAGUAGCUGACAUGGGGCCAGUCAGCUGAUGUGUCUUGUGCAGGGUGCUUUUCCCUCAGCCCCUUUCUCCUCCCCUGUAUAUCCUGCAGAUGGAGCUAGUGGACCUUUAUUCAGUGGCACUGUUGAAAGCAGACCACUGCCACAUGCAUUGCUCAGCUCCCAAAAUGUAAACAGAAUAUGAUUUAUUAUGUACUGUUGAUUUGUGUGAUUAAUGUUGUAUUCUUCUUUCACACAAUAAAAUAAACCCAUAUGGCUAA